AAUAUUGAACAAAUACUUUUAGCACUGAUAAAAGCAAAUAGGAGCAAUUCUUUUUUUAUAUUUUGUACAGUACUGGUUAAAUAAAAACUCAAAAUGAUAACAGAAUUAAUGCGAACAAAUCAGGACAUCUUUGUAAAUAUCUUUGCACUUGCAACGUAUUAAAUUACUUUAAAAUAUAGUAUUGAAAAAAAUAUUUCGUUUUCAAAAUUCCCGCCAUAACCUAAGUAGCGUACGUGAAAUGUUUUUUUUUCAUUUUUCGAUUUAAUUAUGGCGGACCUAGAAUGGUGUGUGAACGAAGUUCAUAAUCAUUUUGUGUGAGUGCAUACCAGUUGUGAAACGUUAAUGUGAUUGCUAAAAUUCAUCCGCACCGCAAAGGUGUAUGCCUGGGUGGGCGGAAACAAGAUAUGGCGGAGAAUAGAGGUUCGGACAACGUCGUUAUGCCGGACAUUACCGAAGUAUCCGAAGCCGAUCCCCUGUCGGCGGGGGCCGAUCACGAUGCCGACCGAUCUGAUGGCGGGGCUGUUUUGUCGACUGGAAUCAAAAAUACGAGAUUGUCUAGUGAUUCUAAUGGCGUCGUCACGGUACCAGUUUCUUUGCCGGUCGGCACACUUAUUACUGGGACCACUUUUAACGUGAUAACGUCAGAUCAGCUGCCACAUUUCAAGCCUAUGAUAUGUGUUGAUAAUGGGUUUAUAUCAGGUGGGCCCGUAGCUGUGUCAGAUGACAUAAAACCAACUCAUAUCGUGAUCCAAAACCCUUCUUCACCAGUGACAAGGCCAGAGGAGAGUAGCUCUAGCGCAUCAAGUGCCCGACAUACGGGCGCUCGAUCAUGGGCCGAGACUGCCAGCAUGCCAAUACUGCCAAUUCGAUGUAAAAAUACGCCAGCUGAGCUUCAUAAACAAAGAUUUGGGUCUGGGGGUAGAGGGAGGUGUAUUAAAUAUGGAAUGGAAUGGUACACUCCAAGUGAAUUUGAGGCCUUAUGUGGAAGGGCUUCUAGUAAAGACUGGAAGAGGUCUAUUAGGUUUGGAGGGCGCAGCAUCCAGGCACUGAUAGAUGAGGGAAUACUAACCCCUCAUGCAACAAGCUGUACUUGUGGGGCUUGCUGUGACGACCAGUCAGCUAUGGGACCUGUGCGGUUAUUCACACCUUACAAAAGGAGAAGACGUCACAAUCAGGACGGAGAAGAGAAGAAACCAAAAUUAAAAAGAGAAUCAAGUUUAGGAGAUGGUGAAGUUGACAACAUACACCAGAGCAGCAACAAUAGCAAUAAUUCUAAGGAAGCCUGGCAAACUAUUGCUGAGGGCUUAGACACAAAUACUGACUACCAUUUAUUAGAGAAUCCAGAUACCAAUGCAGAAUCUAUAUCAGGUCUUCCCGAUAUGAGUGGAGUACUCAAAAGACUCGACGACAUCGGUCAAUCUCUCGUAAGGCUCGCGUCAGAAUUAAAACAAUGCGUCGAAGAUGUUCGUGUUGUCAAUGCUCGGCAACUAGAGCGCCUAGAGCAAGAAAGAGCGGCUGCGUUGCUUGCCGCGAGUGUGGACGCACAUGUAGACGCGGAACAUGUAUCUCUGCACAACGUGGAAGACACUGAAGCAAAAAAGUGUGCGAAUUGCAACCGCGAGGCGUCGGCUGAGUGCUCUCUCUGCCGACGUACGCCGUACUGCUCGACAUACUGCCAGAAGAAGGACUGGGCGGCCCACCAGAUUGAGUGUUUGCGCUCUGUGCCCACCAUUCACGCUGAUCCUCAACAACAUCAGUCAAUAAUGCUGAUUGUCGAGAGCCAACAUCAGUAGCGAAAUUUAACACCUUGGACCGUUUAACACCGGACCGACCUACUGAA